AUUUUUUCCGAUGGAAUAUAAUAAUUUCUGAAACUCUUUUUUUUUUUUUUUUUCUUUGACUAAUUUGGGGGAAAAAAUGCCAAUGCCAAUGGCGAAAAAGAAAAGUGGUGUUACUAUGGAAGUUGGAAGUGAUGGUGUUGCUGUAAUCAAGUUUACAAAUCCUCCUGUUAAUGCAUUAUCAUACAAGAUUAUAGAAGAAUUGAAGGAGAGAUAUGUGGAGGCAAUGAAUAGAAAUUAUGUUAAAGCUGUAGUUCUGACCGGUGAAGGUGGGAAAUUUUGCGGUGGUUUCGAUAUCAAUGCAUUCGCGAAGGAAAAAAAGACUGAGGAUAAUUCUGGCAAUCCUGAUGAACAAUCUUUGGUUAACACAAUUGAAGAGGCGAAAAAGCCAUCAGUUGCUGCUAUUGAAGGGCUUGCACUUGGAGGUGGUUUAGAAUUGGCAAUGGGAUGUCAUGCACGAAUUGCAACACCAAGAGUUCAGCUUGGCUUGCCAGAGCUCACACUUGGAAUUAUUCCUGGGAUGGGAGGAACCCAACGUCUUCCGAGGUUGGUAGGGACAUCAAAAGCUAUUGAAAUGAUGUUGACGUCGAAGGCAAUAAUGUCUGAAGAAGGAAAGAAACUUGGUCUUAUUGAUGCUGUUGUAUCUAAAGAGGAGUUGCUGAAAGUAGCAAGACGCUGGGCUUUGGACAUUUCCGAGAGGCGUAAACCAUGGAUAUCGUCUCUCCAAAGGACGGAUAAACUUGGUUCUUUGGCUGAAGCGCGUCAAGUAAUACAAGUUGCCAGAGAACAAUCUAGGAGGACCGCUCCUAAUAUGCCUCAGCACCAAGCUUGCCUUGAUGCUGUCGAGGAGGGCGUUCUGUUUGGAGGAUAUUCUGGUCUUUUGAAGGAGAAGGAACUAACUAAUCCAAAUGUUUUAUACACUUCGAAAAGUCUAGUCCAUUUCUUUUUUGCCCAGCGUGCAAUAUCCAAGGUCCCCAAUGUGACUGAUGUUGGACUCAAACCAAGGCAUAUGAAGAAAGUUGCUGUUAUUGGUGGGGGGUUGAUGGGUUCAGGAAUUGCCACCGCCCUUGUCUUAAGCAAUAUAUUUGUUGUUCUCAAGGAAAUCAAUACCGAGUACCUUCAGAAGGGAAUUAAAGCAAUAGAAGCAAAUCUCAGAAGUCUGCUUGCCAGAGGAAAAAUAACAGAAGAUAAGGUGAUGAAUGCCCUCUCAAUCCUUAGUGGCGUGCUGGACUACUCAGAAUUUAAACAUGUUGAUCUGGUGAUAGAGGCUGUUAUUGAGAGUGUUCCAUUGAAGCAAUCAAUUUUUCAUGAACUCGAGAAGGUCUGUUCUCAAAACUGCAUAUUGGCAACGAAUACAUCUACCAUCGAUCUUAAUAUAAUUGGGGAAAAGACAACUUCUCAAGAUCGCAUUGUGGGGGCACAUUUUUUCAGUCCUGCUCAUGUGAUGCCUCUGUUGGAAAUCGUCCGUACAGAUAAGACUUCUGCCCAAGUAAUUCUUGAUCUCAUGACAGUUGGAAAGGCCAUAAAGAAAGUACCUGUAAUAGUGGAGAACUGUACCGGCUUUGCAGUUAACCGUACUUUCUUCCCAUAUGUACAAGGGGCACAUAUUUUGGUACACCUGGGUGUGGAUUUGUUCAGGAUUGACAGAUUGGUCAGAGAGUUCGGCAUUCCCAUUGGACCUUUCCAACUUCAGGACGUGGCUGGAUAUGGAAUAGGAAUUGCCGCUGGUAAAGUCUUAGCCUCUGCCUUCGGAGAUCGGAUGUUCAAGAGCCCACUAACUGAACUUUUAAUGAAAGACGGGAGAAAUGGUAAACUAAAUGGUAAAGGAUACUACACAUAUGAAAAGGGAAGCAAGCCAAAACCCGAUCCAACCGUACUUCCAAUCAUUGAGAAGUCUAGAAAGCUUGCUAAUAUUAUGCCUGGUGGAAAGCCUGUAUCUUUGAGUGAUCAAGAGAUUGUGGAGAUGAUAAUGUUUCCCGUAGUGAAUGAAGCAUGUCGUGUUAUGGAAGAAGGAAUUGUGCUCCGAGCAUCAGAUCUUGAUGUUGCAUCUAUUCUGGGAAUGAGUUUCCCUUCUUACCGUGGUGGUCUUAUAUUUUGGGCCGAUUCAGUUGGAGCUACACAUAUAUAUUCAAGUCUCAAAAAAUGGUCAGAAGCAUAUGGAAACUUCUUCAGACCAUCAAAGUUUUUGGAAGAAACAGCAAGAGAAGGAAUUCCUUUGAGUGUCCCUGUCUCAACAUCUCAAACUGGCCCCAAGUCGCGUUUAUAAGUGUAAGUGUGCAACUAUUCCAACAACCGGCAAAUCACUAGUAACAUCAAAGGAGCUGCAGGAGUGGUUGCUCUUCUCCACAUUGUAGAGAUGUCGCCUAGUUCUUGCUCUAGUCUAGCGGGGUUUUUGUUUUUGUUUUUUAAUCAUUAUUUUAAAAACGUUUUUAAGAGAAAAAGACAAAAGAAAAAAAUAUAUAAUACAGGUAAGAAAAGACAAAAAUAAAGAGGAUGAGCCCCUCUCUUUGCAGAGCUUGUUCAAUCCGAAAUUUCUCAGUACCAGUAGUUAAAUGAUCAUAACCUGGCAUAUUCUUAAUGCCGGGUACCUGACUCCACAAUAACAUAUUUUAGUUCUGUUUUUGGCC